AUGGACAAGGCUGUCGAGGGCCAGGACCUCUUGAAUGUACAGUCCGUAUUUGCCGUCCUCACCACUUAUGUUAUCUGGCCGAUCGGACUGGUCGUAUACUACGUUCUACUCUACCUGGCAAUCGCGAUACUGUUUUUAGCCAAGAUUCUGUACACACCAGUCGGAUGGUUAUUACAGCCUAUCAUAUACAUGGGCCAAUUCUUACUCAUCGUUUUAUGGACGCCUUUCCGCUUGUUGGCGAAGCUGGAGACACUCUACAUCUAUCUCGGCGUGGCAGCAGUGGUCGGUCUCGCUAUCGGCGCAGUUAUGCGGUACCUCUACGGCUCACUGUCUGGAGUAUUGCACCUGGAUACGCCACCAGCAAGGUCAGCCAAGGAGUACCGCCAGGCAAAGCGUAGAGAGAAGGAGAAGACUGCGGCUUCAUUCUACCCACCACUGCAUGCAUCACCUCAAAGUACAUCGCCCACACAGCCUUCGCAAGCCUACUAUAGCACCUCUGAUGCUGCACUAAAGUCACGACAUGGCAAAGGUCUCCUGAACCAAACUAUCAUGGAAGAGAUGGACUCCGACUAUUGA